UUUUGAUCAGUCAGUUGUGAAACGGUGUCGGCACGUGAAAGUUGAUUCAGUUUAAUUUGACUUUGUGGGUUAACAUAUAAAAAAGAGAGAAAAAAUUUAUUUAACAAACUUACCUGUGCGAUUCAACUCAUUUAAAAAACUGAUUUGCGUCGUACAUUUGUUUUUUUUUCGUUAUCGUAAUUACUACUUUUUUAUCGUUUAUUAGGCAGUUUAACUUAUAAAGUAAAGUCGGUAAUGUUGAUGUGACGAUUCGUGUGACGAUCCAGAAUGAUGAUGAUGCAUUUCAUUCACAUUCGACCAUUAAGACUUAAAGAAUGAGCCAUCGAUUCGUUAUCUGAAUGUGUUGUAAAUAUCUUCUACUUUUUCGGUUAAUGUAGCACACAUGGUCUACAGUAAUUAUAAUACAUAAAAUUGCGCUAUUGAUUGUCGGUUGAUGAACAACGCUAAAAAAAAUUGUUGCGUCGUUUGCAUACAACUCGGUUUGAGUAAAAAUAUGAUGAUUCAAUACAAUGUUUUGAAUGUUAAUACUACAGCAGUGAUACAUACGAAGUAAACAAUAGAAUGAUACGUGUUAUACUGGUGGCAUUGUUUAACAGAAAAAAUAAUUUCUAUAUCGAAUAUCAAAAACAAUAAUCCAAUGCGUAAAGAGUAAAUACAUCCAUAAAUAACACAGUGCUGGAUAUAAAAAAAAAACCGAGCUGUUUACUUUUUGUACAUAAUGAACAUCAGUUGUAUAUUUUAAUCUUCCAAGUUAAUACUUGUCGAGAAGGUUGGAAACCUGUGCGAGUCAUUUUAUAGUUUAUAACUGUUUUCUAUGUAGUAGUUAAGUGAUUUUCUGCACAAAACGUAAAUAUUAAUAUCGAAAACGUGUUUCUAUCGACGAAUAAAAUUCACAAUAAAAAUUUCUGAAUUUUCCUGAUAUUAUUCAGUGGUAUUGUAAAACAUGAGUGAUACGGUGUUAGCAGUUUUGCACAAUUCACAUUAAAAGGAAACCAACCCAGCCAACGUUUUAAUAUACUAAGUUCAUUUUUGUUGCUUUCUCACAACCGCUCUCCAAAUAAUCAGCAUCGAUAAUGGGUUCUCGAACGGCGGAUUGUCGCAAAUUUUCACCAAACAUCUUCAAUAAAAGUAAAUGCACACAUUGCUUUCGCCAGCGUGAAGAGCACAGUGCUGCAGCAUUGGAAUGUAAUCGGGCAUCACGCAAAGUUUCGAAAUGUGGAUAUCUUUUUGUGGCACCAGAUUGGGAUUUCAGUAAUCCACUGUACAGAACCAAGCGAUGGCAGAGACGAUGGUUUGUGUUAUAUGAUGAUGGCGAAUUCACAUAUUCGGUGGACGAUCAUCCCGAAACAAUACCGCAAGCAUGCAUUGAUAUGACAAAAGUGCUUGAAGUUUCGACCGCCGAAGAUGUGACCGGCCAUUUAAACUCAUUGGCCGUUACAGCACCCGAUCGCGUAACAUUCGUUAAAGGUACAUGCCCCGAAGAGGCGAAAUGGUGGUUAAACAUACUAUCGGCUUUCCCGAAAACAAAGGGACGCCAUAAGAGGAAUGCAACAUUUCCUGGUGGUCAGGCAACAACAAUUUUGCAGAACCAGCCAUUGCAAUCAGGUCGAAGCCGGCAUAAUUCAUAUCACAAAGACACCUUACCAUCGUCGGUCACUAACUUAGAGGCCAUAUCGUCUUCGUGGAGUGCAUCAACAACGUCUAGUCCAGCAAAUGAAAAUAACAUUAAUGCAAACAACGAAAUGAACAACAACAAUAAUAAUAGAGUGUACAAUGAUCAACCAAUUUCAUCAAAGUCACCACCUACUCGUGAUAAAAUACAUCCGGAGGUCAAAGCCCAAGCUCGGAUAAGGAGUCGUAAUCGUGGCCAAGAUGCAGUUGAUGCAGCAACUCUUCUCAUCGAAGACGCACUACGUGAGGAUAAAUUAAAAGAUAUCGCAAACACCAUCACAAACAUCAGUCAUCAUUCUAACAAUCGCUGGAGUACUCAAUCAACCGAUGAAAAACCAACACGAGACGAAAACACCUUCCCAUGCGAUUACAGUUCAUCCAAAAUUCAAUUGCGACCGAAAUCGCUUAACAUAACAUCGUCAACAGCGCCAUCCAUUGUAUCGGCUAUAGUGAAAAAAGUUCCGGCAUCCGGUAAAGCGGAUGUUAUGUCACGAUUAAAUUCUAGUCAGAAGCUUCAACAACAAUCAAACGAACGUGGUGAUCCGGAUGGUGGAUGUAAUAUGGAUGAUGUAUCAGUCAAUUAUUUAUCUAAAACGUCAGAGCUAAGGGUUAAAUUACCUGCUGAGGAAUUGUUGAAUUCCAAGAAAGGCUGGCUGAUGAAGCAGGAGCCACGAUCGGGAGAAUGGUCAAAGCACUGGUUUACGCUACGUGGAGCUGCGCUUUUUUACUAUCGUGAUCCAAUGGCUGAAGAACGAGGCGUUCUUGAUGGUGUACUCGAUGUGAAUGGCUUAACGGCAGUUUGUGAAGUACCAGUUGCUAGAAACUAUGGAUUUCAGUUAACUACUUGGGACAAUCGGAGAAUCGUCUUGUCUACUGUCAGCGCAAAUAUACGUAAUAAUUGGUUGAAUGUACUGCGUAGUGCAGCUGGUCUGCUAAUACCAUCUAAACAACAGUGCAAGAGUGACAAUGAUGAAAACAGUGUGAAUGAAGUCAUUAUAAAAGACAAUACCAGCGAUGAUCUGAAAAGUGAAAUUGAAAAGGAUUUCAUUAAAGCUCAGCGACAAGAUAGUACUGACACCACUGGUACUGAAGCUUCCUCGCCCACUAGUAGUAAGACAAUCACUCCAGUUACCCCAAUGACACCAAAAUCAAUACUUUUUUCUUCAGAUGAAGAGUAUCGCACUGCCUCCGAAGGAGGACGCCGUGAUAGUGUAGACUGGGGAUCACCAAUGUCACCAUCGCCCCCAAUACCAUUGCUAUUGGCUAGAGCGAAAGAUAGAAUUCGGUCACGAUCCAGUUCGCAUACAAGAUUGCACAAACGAAGUCGAUCAUCGCCACCAAGCUCACGGCGUAGUACCAUCGACAGUGUCGGAUCCGAUGAUUUACCAGUCAUUCAUCCGGUUCAAGAAGAAUUGAAUAUUGAUAGAGAGUUACAUUUAAGAUUGGUAGAAGCCGAAAAGGAAUUGAAUUUUCUGAAGGAAGAGGCUCAAAAUCGGGACACUAAAACUUCAGAGUUAAUUACGACCCUAGAACGGACUGAGAUAAAUCUGGGAUCGAAAAUUAGAGAAGCAGAAGAGGCUAGAGACAGUUUGGCAAAGCAGUUGAAUGAAAGUAGAAAGAAGGCUGAAGAAAUAAUCACCAGAUUGUCCACUGAAUUGGAAGAGACCCACUGCCGUUGCAAAGAGCUGGAGGAUCGGCUCAGCAGAGGUAUUGAAGAAAACGAACUGCUUUAUAAGAAGAUUCGCGACAUUGAAGGUGGAUCUGCGUCCAGUCUCACGAAUCUUAACAGAAAAAUCAAACGCGUUGAUUCGUUAAGCGAUCUGACUAGCCUCAGUGACAUCGAUCCGUACUGUAUGGAAAGAGAUAUGUUGGCAGAUGAGUACAAUGAACUGAAAAGCCGAUUCGAAAAGGCUGUCAACGAGAUCAGAGCGAUGAAGAAGGAACUGAAAGAAUCUCAGAACGAGUACGAUACUUUGGAAAUUACGCAUGCCACGCUACGUCAAGAUUUAGAGCGGAAAGAAUUGCACGACAGAUCUCAAGUUCAGCUGAUGGGAGAACGAAUUCAAGAUUUAACGCUGAAAUAUUCCAAUUCCGACCGGCAAGUUCGAAUGCUAAAGCAAAAACUAUCCAAAUCAGAGAAGAGAAGAUCUCUUUCGCUUAAAGGACGGGAUUCGAUGACGGUUCAAAAGGAAUUGGAGGAUAAGGUUAGUGAGUUGGAAUGUAAGAUUGAUGCUCUAGAAACAACACCAUCGUCAUCUGACACUACGAACGCACCAACUCCAAAGACACCCACCUUCGCCGAAGAAAGGGCUCUUAAACGAGCGUCUGCACGCCUCAGAAGAAAGAGUCUCGACAGCAACACUUCGGAAGCGGUACAAGUGAUGCUGCGACUGAACACACUUGAGAAACGGAUCGAAAAAACCACAUCAACAUCCACUACAGCCAAUAAAGAGUCUACCAAUUAUGUAAAUAGCAGUUCUAGUCCAAAGAUGUCUGAGCAUUUAAUCGACAGGCUACGAUCAUUAGAAAGUGUUGUCAUCACAAGCAAAGAUCGUAUCGAGCAGAGCCUGCAACAACUGCAAUGUUUGAAAACAUCCAAGUCGAGGCGUUCAAUGUCACCGAUUGCCGAUCGGAAAGACUCAUACCGCUUUAUUGAACGGUGUUUGUCGGAAGCUGCUAAGAUCUUGAAAGACACUUGUGAAAAUUGCAUCAUCGACGAUUGUUCACAGUCUGGAAAUAUGAUUCUGCUACCAGAAACGAAUCCGAUCAAGUUGGCAUUAACACAACUAGAGGCUCAAUUGCGAGGUAAAUUGAAUGAUCUGCUGAAGCAGCGUCGAUUUUUGCGUGAACGAAACGAACUGUCCGGGCGAAAGAAUCUGGAACUGUUGGCUGAACGCAUUGCAUAUGAAAGUGUUUGUUUCGGCAAGCUUCGUGAUGCUAUUAAUCGUGCCGAAGAUCCUACACAAUUUGGUGAAAAGCAGACCAGGGCUGAGGCUGCAGAGACGUCUCAGAUGAUGACAUUAUUGAAGGCAAAACUCAGUGGUAAAUGUGCCAUUAAAUCGAACAGUACCAUUGAUAUACUUGCUAACGUAUUGGCACGACGAUUAGUGCUAACCGCCAACCGAACUGGCCAAUUUAAAGUACCGGAAAUGGCACCAAUUAGUUCGCAUAUAAUGGACGAUUUGUUGCGACAACAAAACGAACUUCAUCUCAUUGCUAAACGGUACAAAAAUAAUGCAAUGGAAAAUCUGGCAUGUGGUUUGGCAGCUGAGACACUUAGCUACAUUUCAUCCAACGAUGCCGUCCAAGGGGCCGUACAGGAAGCUUGGCGACAAGCACAAGAGGCCGUCAAUACGGAAUUGGUUCAAUCAGAAAUUGCUCACAUCAUGAUGCGAAAUUCGUCCAGACUCGAGCACUCACUCACGCCGUCAUUCGGUUACACGCUAACGUCACAGGAGCGUGUGAGCUUCGAGAAUUUUGCGGAUGCUGUUCAAGACGCACUUCGCAAUGAAAUGGACAUUGCCAUAGCCCAACUGACGCAAUGUUAUGAAGAAAGUUUGACGAAAAUGAAACGAGGUCAAUGGAGACUGCAUCUGGAACAAGAACGAAAAUCGAGUGAAGGACGACAAUUAUUGGCAGAAUUUGCCGAUAUUGUUGCACACAAGGCCUUGGUCGAUGCAAGAAUUUCAGUCCUGAAGGGAGAAUACAUAUCCAAAGAUGUAACCUUAUCCAAAGAUAGUACUUUUAGUCUCACCACUCUGCAAAAAUACGAAAAGUUAUUCGCCGAAUUGGCCGCUGAUUUGCAAAUUUCAAAUCCGGACGAUAUUCUGGCCGAAGCUGAUUUCAAUUUCAUGUACAAGCAUUUCACUACCGAAUUCAUUACGAAUAAAAAUGAGAUUCGAGAAGUGUCGGAUGUUCUUCACCGGCUCGAGCAGACCGUUGUUAUGUUACAAAGUACAUUAAAUCCGAAUACAUGCGUAUCAUCAUCGCAUGUCGAGGCCGUCACAUUGCACGACAUUUGCAACAAAUGUAAAGACUUGCAGGACCGUGUCGAACCAUUAAUUCCAUCCGCAUUGAGUCUACGAACAUCAUGUGACGAUUGUGAAAAACUUAAAGCUGCCAUUGCUGAUAUGGAUGCACAACAUCACAUCGAUCUGGACGAUAUGCGAAAAGUACAUGCCAACGACUGCGAUGAUUUGCGUCAACAAUUAAAUGAUCAAUUGUUGAUUACUAGAGCUUUGGAAGAGGAAAAACAUCAAGUCUUGAAUCAGUUGAGCGUUGAACGCGACAUAUUGUCACAUCGGGAAGAGGAAUUGAAUGAAAUCACCAAGAAACUGGAAAAGCAAGAGAUUGAGUGCCAUUUAAGGGAUGAUGAAAACUUUGAACUGGUUGAAACACUUGAGGAGGAACGGCAACGUACUGCUAUUGCGACAGAUGAAUCGAAAAAAUUGCUGGAACAAAACAAAGCCCAGACUGAUGCCUACAAUGCACUGCUACAGGAACGCGACUAUGUUCUGGAUCAAUUGGAGAAAGAGCGUGAACGGGUCCGAAAAUUGGAAAAGAGACUGGAAUUGCUGCAGGAGGAGCAAUCGCAGCAGAUUGAAAGUUUGCAUGCUGCAUACAGGGAACAGCAAAUGUCGAUGGACAACGUCAAUCACGAAAAAGAUGAGGAAGCGAGCUUCAAAUUGCGAUACCAAACCGAAAUCGAACAACUGAGGACUCUGUGUGAAAAAGGCCUGGUUGCAAUGGAAUCGUCUCAUAGAAGAAUCAUCAACGAUUUGGAAGAAAAACAUCGCCAGGAAAUUCAGAGAUUAUUGUGCGAAAAAGAACAGGCUCUUGCCGAAGAAACUCAGGCAACAUUAGCUGCACUGGACGCAAUGCGAAAGGCCCAUCAAAACGAGGUUCAAAGAGAGAUUGCCCGAUUCAAGGCGGAAUUCGUUCGGCAAUUUCAAAAAGGAGGACAGCCCUCGGAGGCGUACAAGGGAAAUGAAGAGGAACUAGACGAAGUGCGAGAAGAAAUUCUGUCCUUGUCCGAGAAAUAUUCCAUUAAAUGUGUGGAAGCUGCAUCCUUAGAAGAAAAAUGUCGCCUAGCAACGCACCAGUUAAAACAUUUCCAACAACAUGUUCAGCAGCUGGAAACGAGAAAUAAGCAACUUCGAGCUCAUCUAGCAUCUGAGGAGUCUGAUUACUCUCACGGUCCUUCAUCGAAAGAAUCGACACCUAGCUGCAAACAAGAGCAUGUCGACGAUGCUCAGACUUCAUUUGAAAUAGAAGAAACUUCGAAAGAAAAUUCAUUUUCUCAGCACUCGAAGAAAGAAAUUCAUCCGCGGUUAAGUUAUAACGAAGGAAUAAAGCUAGCGUCGCUAUUCAACCAACCCCAAGCCGAAGAAACGACCACAAAAAUGUUUGUUCCAAAAAUCACAACAAUGCGACUACGACUGGAUAAAACCCGUUGUCCAACAGCCAAUAACCAAACCAUCACCAAUAACAAUAUCGACGACAAUGAUGUGUUGAAAAUGUGUUCACCCCCUCCCUUAGAUGGGAAGGACGUCGAACACAAUAUUCGACGAUUCGAAUUAGAAAUUUAGAAUCCAAAAUUAUUGAAUUGAGAUGAGGAGGAAAAUUAAUCAAUUUUUUUUUGCUUUGUCUAACCAAUACACAACAAAAUGGACAAUUUAAGAUUCACUGUUUAGAUGUACCAUUUUGUUCCACUUUAUUAAUUUAUAAUGUUUGUAAUUGAACUAUUUAAGAAGGAGAAGAGGAAGAAAAAGUUUUUUUUGUUUGCAAAUGUUGGAAAAUUAUUUAAAAGAAUCAAUGAAAAUGAAAUUUAUUAUGAGAAAUGAGUUGUGAAAAUAAAAAAUGAAGAAAACCUUUGUGCCUUAGGGUAGUACUUUUUGGAACACAAAUCUCCAGUUAAAACAACAAGACCAGUAAAUCGAAAUAUCGUUAAAGCCACAGAAUGGAUCAAUUAAUUAAUUAAUUAAAACCCCAUUCUACCACUGAUUGCAGUAGUCAUCUGAUUCAAUUUCACAGACACCAUUGACUGUGUGUAAGUUAAUAUUAUUUUUGGGACAUGAAUCAAGACGUUAAGUUAAUUUUUGCAAUGUAGAUUGUAAAGAGUGAUUCAGUGCCUCAGGACAAAUUGGAGUGCGAAUAGAUACUUAUCCUAUUGUCUGUGAGAUUCCCAGUGUCACUAAACCGUUUCAAAAAUGAUGCCCUGUAACCAGGGCCUAUUGUCUAGAAAGGAUUCGUGUUCCUUUCCAGUUAAUUUAAAAAAUUAAAGAAAACGAAAAGCUAAACUAAAAGUCUAAUUUGAUUGUAAAAGUCCAGUGUCUUUCGUAAAACGUAAAUAGCAAAAAUUGAAAAAUAAAAAAUAAAAAUAUUUACCAAAUAACCGAAAUGUUACAUACCCUUCGAUCAUCCUAAACUUAAUUAAUUUGCCUUUUUGUUUCCUUAAAUAAUUUAACAUCGGUCCUAAUCCGAAACGAUUAAACGAAUAUUCAAGAGAAAGGACUCAAUUUUAUUUAAAUCUGUAAAAUGUUUCGGUUUAAAAUUCGAUGAAUUUAUAAAAUUUAGG